CCUGGCGGCCCUGGGGAAGCUUGCUGCGGGCGCAGCUGCGUUUGUGUGUUUGGGCGACUUACGCGAGCUCGAGCUGUUUUCCGACGUGCCAACUACGACUGCUUUUCCGACCAUCGGGCAUAGCUGUUUGAACUUUGAAAGUUCUAAACUCGCGUUUUUGCUGCUCUUCGACAGUUUGCCGACGCUCCCCCCCCAUAGCGGUGUGCUGUAGAAACGCUCAGCCACAUCAUUCGACGAGCGCGGGGUACCAUUGUCUUUGACGGAUCCGAUGUCCCAGCGAUGAAAGAAACGAUGGAUGGCGCGGCUAAGGAUGCAGAAAAACUGGCCCAACGCAUCCUCCCAGACCGCCCGUACCAUCUUUCAUUGUCCUUCGACCGCCAAUUUCCAAGACCCGACGGGUGGUGGUUUACCGGGCCCAGCGCCCCGCUGCAGUAUAUGACAUACAUAUCCGCUGCGCAGCGCGGUAUCCUCACGACUCGCGCUGCCUUUGAGAUCUGCGACGAGCCGGCCCAGAUGCCGGCCAAGAUUCUCGCCAAGGGCGAGGCCAGGAAGAAGCUCUCCUUGAUGGACUACCACAACAGAAAGAAAUCGGAGUCGCCGGUAGCGAACGAGGCACCAGCGAAGGUGGAUGCCAAAACGAACGGCACGGCGCCUGCGAAGCGACCGCCGUCCAAGGAGCACCCUUCCAGGGAGGAUGUGAGGGCUGCCGAGAAGACAGAAACACCCCGCCAGCGGGACACGCGGCUAGAAAAGCCGCCAUCAGGGACAAACGGGGAGAGAUCCAAGCCGUCCCAGGAAGAUGCGCAGCCCGAGACCGAGAGUCGUAAGCGAAGCGCAGAUACGGACGGCAACCCAUCUCCACAGAAGCGAACCAAGGCCGAAGCUGUUAGCACCCAGGCCGAUCAGUCACGGCCACCGAAGUCAGCAACCCCCCGAAGCCGGGAAAAAGCAGCAGAGAAGCCGCCAGGGGAAGCAGAGAAGCCGCCAGGGGAUGCAAAGACCGGCAGGUUACAUCCAACAGCGAACGGGUUGGCGCCGUCAUCGUUGGACAAGGAUCGAGAGAACACAGCGUCUCCGAGAUCAACGAUUCAGGUCAACGGCUCGAGACCUCGGUCAGGGAGCGGUACUGCGACACCCCGAAAGCCGGAGCCCCUGGCUAAGCCGACCCUGCCGGAAUUGUUAUCCCCUCUCCACCCAUCUCUGUUCGAGGGUAGGGCCGAAAAAGACGUUAAACCUGCGAAGAAGCCGGCAGAGAAAGCACCAAAGGCAGAAAAGGAGAAAGCGGACGGUCCUUCCCCCUCGAAAAAGGCAAAAAAGUUCUCGAAGAUCCCGCCACUGCUCUCUCCGACGCUGCCUCCUGUCGUUGAGGCGGCGCUUGCCAUAAAGGAACGGGCACAGACCGGUUCCAAAAGUGUUCCUGGCCCGGCUCCCAAACAGGCCGCGGACUCUUCGGGUGGUGCGAGGAAGACGAUCGUGGCUGCACCGGCUGUGCGUGGUGUGGAGGCGGAUGAGAAGCCUUCCAGGCCCUCAAAGAUCGUGACCUUUAAACUGAAGAAAGCCAACGCAAAGAGGGCCAAAGAGCUCCUGAGCCUCCCAUCGAAGUCAGCGAAGGACGCACUGAAGAAGGAGCGCUCGACGAGCGCAGAAGCCACCCCUCUGCCUGCGCCAGCCAAGAAGCGGCCGCGGCCAGCCGACGACGUCCCGCAGGAGACUGCCAAGCGGACAAAGACAGCUGGGGAGGUCGCUGCGGCCAGACCAGCCGCACCGGCGACCCCGCUGAAACCCGCCGCCGCCACGGCUAUGUCCCGGGUGGCAUCCAGCCAGUCGCAGGGGAACACGCCUGCGGCCACGACCGGUCUCACCCCGGGCAAUGGCGAUAACCGGCCGCCAACCCGCUCGGAGCCACUUGAUCCCAAGACGCUCGCCCAGGCCGAAUCAUAUAAGGAACGCCACGCCGAGUAUCAGCGCCUCGGCGGCAAGCUCAAGCACGCCCGGGACGAUCUCUGCCGCGACCGCGGCGGUCCGGGCGGAAUGGCGCCGGCGGAUGAGCGCCGCGCCACGGCCCUCCACUUCGAGAUGGUGCUGGCCUACAUGGUUGCCUUCCACUCGCUCAACCAGGCGCGCACGCUCGAGCGCAAGGCGUGCGAUAUCUCGGCGUGGGAGUCGCUGCUGCCGCACCUGGCGGAGCUGCGCGGCCGGGUGCAAGGCAUCAAGGCGCUCAAAGCGCUAGCCGUGCAGAUGCACGUGCUGUGCCUCGAACAGAUCACCAACGCGCUGGCCACGAUGGACCCGGCGGCCGCGGCGGGCAGCUUCGCGCGGUGGGCGAAGCACAGCCGGAACCGGGCGGCCAUGUGGCAGGAGGCAAAUGCGAUGUGGGAGCGGGUGGACGACCCCAGGAUGAGGACGGUCGUCGGGCCGUGGACCUCGGUCGAGGACGCGGUCGCUGCCGUGCUUGCGGUCAUGCGACGCUGGGCGGACCGCGAGUCUGUCAGGUGGCAGCCCGAGGUGCAUCUCAAGGGGGAGCGGGAGAAGGAGAAGGACAAGGAUCGGGAAAGGGACCGGGAGAAAGACAAGGAGCGGGAGCGGGAGCGGGAUCGCGACAGAGACCGAGAGCGAGACCGAGAGAGAGACCGACCAAGGCCAUCGCUAAACGGCGUCCGACAUUGAGAAAGCUCCCCCGCCCCGGAUUACACAUUACUCGCCAUCAGAACUACGUCGCCAACACAUCACACAUCUCUCCAUGUACGCCCUCCAGCCGGAUAUCCCAACCCCCUCCCGACAUGCGACGGCAUCGCUUCUUCUCCUCAGCAUGCCGCCUCGGUCAGCAUCUGGUCUCCCACCCGGUGCAUAACAGCGUCAUACCCUCCCUACUGCAUUAUCCAGCGCUGCUUUCAUCUCCUCG